GGUGGGUGAGCACGUGCGAGUGCAACACUGACGAAGUACUUGAGUAGUACAAUAAGGAAAGACCAACGGUUUGGCUAACGUUAUCCGCGUCUAACGUCGCGCCAAAUAGCCUCCGAUAAUUUCGCGCUUAAUUUUAUCUGAUAUUGGUGAUUUCUAUCAGCAGCUUCAAAUCCAAAGUUCCACAGAAAUCAUGGCAGCACCACUUGCAGCCGUGGCUCGCGCCCCCAAGAUGGGCCGCAAAGAGAUAUUUCUGUGCGUUUUUCUCCUGUUAUCGUUCAAUUCACUCUGCCAAACUCACUAACCUUCUCGACAACAGUCCCAACUUUACAAUAACACUCCUCCGCACACCGAAUCUCCCACCCUCUUUCGCAUCUUUUAUUGUGCCUCUCAAUCUGAAUAAAUUGGAUAUGAGGGAUUAUCUAUGGAAUGCGUAUGGCAUAGAAGUUCGAGCAGUACGAAGUUAUAUACAAGCGCAGAAAUUGAAGGAGGGGAAACCAGGGCAGAAAAUACCUACACCUAGGAAAUGGUUUAGGCCGAGGAGUAUUAAGAGGAUGAUGGUAGAGAUGGAAAGACCAUUUGUGUGGCCUGAAGAACCUAAGGACCUUUCUCCGUAUGUUGUGAUUCUUGAGGGUUUUGUGUUUAUGGUGGGGAAAUGGAUGGUGUAGCAGGGAGCAAACCUAUGGAGUUGACUGCUGGAGAGAAAAUAUAAGAAAAGAGGAUUGUAGAGAUGCAAAGGCUAAUCAUACGUUGUGUACAGUUGGGAUAAAGAAGGGCUCAAGAAACGCCAAGAACAAGAGCAAGAACUGCAAGCAGAGCAGUACCCAGACGCCAAACAAAAGCCUAGUAAAGAACGACUAUCAAUCGCAGAGCAGGCAAGGAAAAUCUUGCAAGGAAAGGAGAAAUGGGCGCCUACGAGAGAUACUUGGAUGAAUGUUGGAGAGGAGGUUGAGGUGGAGCAGGAUGUGAAGGUACCUCGUCUCAAACGACGAUCAGAUGAAGAGUGAAAGGGAUGAACUAGGUUUGAAGAUGGGAAGAACCGUAUACUGCGCGAAGUAUUGUAUGGAUAAUUCAUUAAAUAGACAUAUAUGAAAAUGAAGAAUAAAAAUGACACUAUACAUCAAUUACAACUUCAGCAUUGAAUUUGAACUCGAUAUCUUCUUCAACAUUGGAUUGACUUUCAACUCCUCAAUUUAUUCGACCAUUUAGCAUUUUCAGUUAAAUUCU